UGGCCCAAAAACCAAAAAAAUAGUAAUAUCCAAAAAGUACAUAAAGACCAAAUAAUCCAGUCCUUGAUCUUAGAGAUUGAAGGGACAAAUGUCAGUACCACAUAUAUCACAUGUCCUGCAGACCCAAAGAAGACAUUGGGGAUUAAACUUCCCUUUCUUGUCAUAAUCAUUAAAAACCUGAAAAAAUAUUUUACCUUUGCAAUACAGGUGCUGGAUGACAAGAAUGUGCGCCGGCGAUUUCGGGCCAGUAACUACCAGAGCACCACUCGCUUCAAGCCCUUCAUCUGCACCAUGCCCAUGCGGCUGGAUGAUGGCUGGAACCAGAUUCAGUUCAACCUGUCAGAUUUCACCCGGCGGGCUUAUGGCAUGAAUUACAUUGAGACCUUUUGGGUGCAGAUCCAUGCAAACUGCCGGAUCCGACGGGUUUACUUCUCGGACAGACUCUAUUCAGAGGACGUACUGUCAGCAGAGUUCAAACCGUAUCGACCCGUUCAGGACAAGCCAAGCAAUAGAGCUAUUUCU